GAUUUCAGAUACCGAACUUGUGGGUCAAUGGCAGCAGGAGAAGCAGCAAUGUCCGAGAAAAAUGUCCUGCAGGCUUGGGAUUACGUUGUCUUUGCCGCUAUGCUGAUAAUAUCUGCCGUGAUUGGACUAUAUUGUGCUUUUAAACGUGGAGGGACACAGGGAGGAACUACAGAAGAGUUCUUAAUAGGAAAUCGACAGAUAUCUGCUUACCCAAUAGCUCUUUCAUUGGCUGCCAGUUUCCUGUCUGCUAUUACGGUGAUUGGAGGUCCUGCAGAAGUCUAUCUGUAUGGGAUAAUGGUUGUGAUAUACACCAUAGCUUGCUUAUUUACAAUGACAUUCACCUGUCUGAUCUACAUUCCACUCUUCUACAGGUUAAACAUAAUCAGUACUUAUGAGUACAUUAAUAGAAGAUUUGGUUCUGCUGUGAAGUAUCAAGUUUCUAUUAGCUUCUUGGUAUACAUGUGCGUUUAUCUCGGUAUUGUUACAUACACACCCGCGUUAGCUCUUAGUGAAGUUACUGGCGUUAACUUGUGGAUUUCAAUGAUUUCAACAGGAUUCGUGUGUACGCUGUAUACAACUCUCGGUGGAAUAAAAGCAGUUGUGUGGACAGAUGUUUUCCAAAUCUGUAUCAUGGUGGCCGGCCUUCUCGCUGUGUUGAUUCAAGGAUUAAUUUAUGUUGGAGGGAUAGAGAAGGUCUGGAGAAUCGCAGAGAGAGGUGGACGCCUCAAUUUCUUUGACUUUGAUCCUGAUCCAAGGAGAAGGCACACAUUUUGGACGACAAUCUUCGGAGGCACAUUUGUAUGGAUGGCAAUAUACAGCUGCAACCAAGCUCAGGUUCAAAGAUAUCUCGCCUGCAGAAGUGAAAAAGAGGCAAAAAAGGCGAUAUUCUUGAACUGGGUAGGGAUGCUUGUGAUAUCAGUUACUGCGUGUAUGUGUGGCCUGGUUAUGUAUGCUGUUUAUGAAAACUGUGAUCCAAUGGAGUCAAACAGAAUCACCAACACCAACCAGUUGACACCGUUACUUGUUUUGGAGAUCUUGUCUCAUGUACCUGGAGCUUCAGGGCUUUUUAUUGCAAGUGCAUUUAGUGGCACACUGAGCACAAUCUCUUCAGGCAUCAACUCUAUAGCUGCAGUCUUUGUGGAAGAUCUUAUAAAGCCAAACUGCAAAUCUUGGGCACACUUUCCCGAACGCAAGAGAACGCGGAUCUCAAAGCUUCUAGCUAUGACAUUUGGAAUUGCAACAAUGGGAAUGGCAGCAUUAACAUCCCUCUUUCAAGAAAAUGUAAUGCAGCUAGCUCGAAGUAUUGAUGGCUUGAUCCUUGGACCUAUACUGGGCGUAUUCACACUGGCAGCGUUGUUUCCAAAGAGUAAUGGGAAGGGUGCAUUUGUGGGAAUGCUGAUCUCUUGUGGCUGUUCAUUUUUUUUGGGAAUCUGUUCUCAAAUGUACCCCGCUGCUGCAAGGUUCACAAGGAAACUCAAAACAUCAAUAGCAGGCUGUUACAUCUCUAAUGCCACCACCUCCAGCCCCAUGAAUGGAUCAUCCUUCUUCACCACCAUGGUGAGACCGGACAAAACAGAGAGCAUGAUAGAAAACGUCUGCUCACUAUCCUAUGGAUAUUAUACCCCUAUUGGCUGUCUGAUUACAAUUAUAAUCGGUUUGCUGGUUAGUAUGGUUACUGGAGGCAGCAAAAACGUGGAGAAAGAACUCAUUGCUCCUAUAUUUUACACCAUUCACGAGAUUCUGUUUAGAAAGAAGCCGGCUGAACCAUUGCCUGAGACGGCCAUAGAACUGUUGGAAACCACUCCUGAAAAAAUCUUCAUUACAGGUCACCAUUCUUCUAAUGCUCAGAAUGUAAAGUCUGUUCAGCCGCUGGUGCCCAAAUAAACAGUGAUCAAAGUCUUGAACGUUGGCGACUCAAGAAGUUAUAAACACACAACGAAGGUCAAAAUAUGAAAUGUAAUGUUUGCAGUGAUGCUGGCUAUCUAUUAAUUGAAUUGGAAAGGAAGUAAAUAAUCAUUAAAAUUGUUGAAAAUAGGUUAGCAUGGGAUUAAAUAUGUUGUAAAGUUGGCUUUGUGAUGAGAAUGUAACGAGGUGGUUACGAGGCCAACUACGACUUUUUCUCGUAUAAUGUCUAUGUUUCAUGUCCCACUGUGAUUUGCCAGUACUGAUUGCAUUGUUAGCAACAUGGAUUCAUGAACUUUUAAAGUUUGUGUUUUCAAUGACAGUAAAUGUUAGAACUCACAAACUGUUUAUGAUAACAGCAGAACUAAAAAAUAGCUAUCUAUUACUGUAUCCGUCAUUCAAGAUGUGGCCUCUUAUUCAUCGGCGAGACUAAACAUAGACUGGACGAUCGUUUCGCUGAACGCCUUCGCUCAGCCCGCCCGAACCUACCUGAUCUCCCGGUUGCUAAACAUUAAUUCUCCUUCCCAUUCCUACACAGACCUUUGUGUCCUAGGUCUCUUCCAUUGUCAGAGUGAGGCUAAACACAAAUUGGAGGAACAGCAGCUCAUAUUUAGCUUGGGCAACUUCCAGCCCAGUGGUAUGAAUAUUGAUUUCUCUAACUUCAAGUAACCCCGACAUUUUCUUUCUCUCUAUCGCCCACCCAAGUUGUACUCACUUCUCUGCUAACAAUGGCCUGUUUCCUUUAUCGUUACUUUUUUGCGUAUAUUUCAUUCAUUGCCCUUUAUCUCUCUACAUUAUCGUGUAUAUCUCUCGUUUCCCUUAUCCCAAACCAGUCUGAAGAAGAGUCUCGACCUGAAACGUCACCCAUUCCUUCUCACCGGAGAUGCUGCCUGUCCCGCUGAGUUGCUCCAGCAUUUUGUGGCUAUCUAUUUUAUGUUGUAGGAUUUUAACCUGUAUUAGCAAUGUGUUUCUAGACAACUGACUUCAAGUUAUCUCAAGCUGACAAGCAAAUGGAGUGAUACAAUAGUGUAAAUGCUGAUGAUGAGAGCUGGUCUACUUGUAUAUGUUGAGUUCCACCGUUGAAUCCUGACAUUGACUUAUCCCUGCAUUUGAAAUCUUUACCAUUGGCGUCCUUUCAUUAACAACUAAUUUGAUCAUUAGAAAGAUAAUUUCUAUUAACCUACUUGGUGCGAUUUCUAAAAUGAAUUUCAUUGCAACAGACUCUUAUGAUUGGUGUGGCUUUCGAGGAGAAUAAUGUCAUGGCAAAAACUCAAGCCAUAAGUAGUAACAGAUUUAACCUUGCCGGAACAGGGCAGAAUCUAAAAUAAAAUUGGGAAAUAGUUCAUCCCAGAAUUAGGAUAUUACUUUUAGAUUCUGGUGGAGAAAAGCAAUAAUUCUAAUUCAGUAACAUGAUUGAAUCCCAGCAUACCUUUCCUUGUGUUAUAUUUUCUAAACAAGGGAAAUCCAGUAAAUAUUGCUGCCACUGGUCGUGUAACCCAAUGUACAAG